AACAGCUGAAUAUACAAUAUUUUGGGUUAUGGGAAAUAUAUUUCACUGUGGUUUAGAUGAUACAAUAAUUUUCUACACCAGGGGUGUCAAACUGAUUCCAUGGAGGGCCAGGUAACUACAGGUGUUUGGUUUUUAUGUUUCUUCCUCUUUCUCUUUCAGACAUAAACAUAUUUGAAGAUUCUUUGAAGACCUAGUUGGACGUUAGUCUGUGACAAAGCUCUCAAAAUGACCAGUGUGGCAAAAUGGCUCCUGCAGAACAAGGACAAUUUAGAAAAGGGGAUUGAGAUCAUGGGACAGGCCUCUGCGUUCCUGGCAGGCACUGUGGGCCAGUUCCGUCCCAUCCUGGAGGCUGUAUUCCAAGCAUCCUAUGAGAUCUUCAGCAACCCAGAAGGACAGGACGCCAAGUACAUGACUGAGCAGUUCAACAAAGUCAACCAGCAUUUGAGACGCAUCCAGGCAGAGGAAGAAAUCUCCCGGGAGCUGCAGAGGACCUCCUUGAAUAAGCAGAACUUUCACUGGGAGGCACAAAUUCUAAACCAGUACAAGAAAUUUGAGGAGUUUUUCAAUGCCAAACCCAAAUUAAAAAAAGAAAAAAUGGACGAUUUCCUCUCAACUUAUGAGCACUUGGAAAAAGACGUGAACCUGGAUGCCCUCUACAAUGCUUUUACUGGGAAUACCUCAGGUGGCUCCAUGCUGCAGACAGUGGUUAACACAGAACAAUUUAGUAGAAGUGCGAUAGAAGAUUUCUGUGAGAUUCUUAAGAAGCUCUUUGUGAAGGGCAUCAUUGCCUUCAUGGGUUACAACAGCCUCAAGAAAAAUGAUGUGGGGGAUCAGAUGCUGAAGAAGUGGCUUAAGCAGAUGGAACAAGUUGAGGAGAGCAUGAAAAAAGUGAUUGAUGAUAUCAUUGAUAACUUCGCCCCAAGAGCCAAAGAGGACAUGGUAAAACAGCUUGAGGAGAUGCCUGGCACUGUUGACCUUGACUUCACCAAAUCCAUAUUGAACACCCUUAAGAAUAAAUAUUACUGGGUGAACUGGUCUAUCAGGGUCUUCAAUGACAAGGAGCGCAUUUUCUCUUUCAACUGGCUAGCUGGCAAGGAGUACCAUGGCCAUGAAGGAGGAGCAAAUUUUUUUGAGGUGAAGACCAAGAACAACAUCAAAGUGGUGAUCUCUUUCAGUGUUGUACCUAAGCUUAUCAACAUGGAUCUGAUCAAAGAACAGAUUGAAGGGCAGAAACUGAAGGGAAACAUGAUGGAUGUGGCUCAGAUCAUCAGCAGAAGACUCCCCAACUACUUGGUGCAUGCUGUCAGCGCCUAUAAGAAAGUGGUGGAGAGCAACAACUUCAAUGAGGGUUGUUACUACUAUGGAAAACACCAAAAAGUGUACCUAUGCGUUCAUCCUAAUUAGCCUUUUGUUUCACAGUGCAAUGGAAAAUAGAGUAGUUAUGAGGAAAACUAGGAAGAAAAUGCAUUAAUGUUUAUAUAAAAGUUAGAGGUGUUUUUAUUGAUAUCUAAAACAUAGCUGAUGCUUUAGCUGGUGAUUGUGGAAAAUGUAAUCUCUUGUUUAUUUGUUUAUCGGCCUUGUAGAUUUUUGUGUAGUUUGAUAGUUUGAACUAUCUUGAUUUUUAUGUGUAUAAGAAUGUAUAUGAGACAUUUCAUGGAUAUCUACUCAACAACAGUGACAAAGUAUGAAAAUUUGAUAUUUCCUUCUACCAAAGAGAAUACUAAGAUACCUUAUUUUACCCACAUUCCAGUAUUUCAUUAUGACCAUACUCUUCAGCGUCUCAUCCCGUCAGCGGGAUCAAAAUCCAGCGAAAAAUCAUAUCGCCAAUUAGCAUAAAAAAAUGAAUACUUUAAAAAAAUAUAUAUAUAUAUUUUUUUUAUAGAUUACACCUCUCCUGAAU